CUCGUGUAGGAAACAACUUCAGGUGGCCUUCCUCGAUGCCAGAACGCUUCAGGAGGAAUGCCUUCAGAAAAAUUGCUGACGUUGAAUUCGAAUUUGACGACGAGAUCGGGUUUAACUUCAUAUUUUUUUACAACGCACUCGACAAAGGCGAAUUUGCUGGACAUGAAAACGAAUGGGUGACGGUGCACAACCAGAAAGUAAUUGAGUAUGGACAGGAGUAUAGAAAUGAUAAAUUGGACUACAUUCUUGAGACUAUGCCUGGUGCCAUCCAACUUCCGGUCGAUCAGACACGUCUGCCACGUAGUAAGCCAGCGAAGAUGAUGAUUGGUCAGCGUACUAAUAAUGGAGCCGAUUACAAGAAAAGAUCAGAGUUCGCGUCAGAAGACCUGACCAAGUGGGUUCGAGCCGAAUUCCUACUCUGGGAAGAACGUCCCGGCAAUCAAGUGGAAUAUGCCCUUGUCGGUAAUGAUGUUACGGAUCAACUGGCAUAUGCACAUGAGCCAGGGAACCCAUUAAAGGUCUUAGAUAUUGUAGAUGAGGCUAGGCUCACCGUGUUUUGA